AUGGCUGAACAAGCAGCUGUUGAAGAUCAACCUACGGGUUCAGCUAAUAUAGUGUCAUGUCAGGUUUGUAAUGAACCUAUGAGUGAUGGUCAAGAUUGCUUGAUCAUUAGUCAAUGUCUACACUCAUUUCACAGGGACUGCAUUGAAUCCCAUUUAUCAAGCUCUGCGCAGUGUCCUGUAUGUCAGCAUCCAUGCCAGCUCAACGAGCUGAGAAAUUAUGUCGUCACGCCAAAAAGGCACCCUUUACCUAAACCAGCCAAAAGAGGUAAGGGAAGAGGAGCAAUGGCUCGUUCCUAUAAUACUAGAAGUGCCAGUAGGAACUUGUUUAAUGAUGGCCAAAAUAUGUCUUUCAAUAAUGACUUAAUUCCACAUCCAGAACCACAGCAAGGUUUAACCCAAAAUAAUAAUUCUUUAAAUAAUGAUAACAUCGUCAUAUCACCCUUUGCGACUAAUGUAAGUCAAACCGGCAUUAAUCCUUCUGGUGUUGACUACACGGAGAUCAAUCGAAUGAUUGAAACAAAUAUAACUAGAAUUUUACAAAAUCUUAAUUUUGCACAAAAUCCCAUCAGAACCAUUAAUAGUGGCGAUCCACAAAUCUUUAAUACCAAUAAUGUCAGAAAUAAUAAUCCAAUCGGAAAUACAAAUUUUAUUGCUAAUGCAAACAUUAUACCCAAUCAAAGUCAGGUCAUUAACCAUAAUAAUAUUCCCAACAUUAAUAACAAUG